GAAGAACAGUAAGCCUAUUUUAUUAGAAUAUAUAUAUUUUUCAUGUAAAAUAAAUGAGAAAUUUACACUGAGCAAACAGCAAGUUGAUAUUAUCUCACUAGUGAGUGUAUCUGUAGCCCCUCUGCAGUCGGCUACUGAGCAGAUGCUGUUUAUAAUUUUACAAAUGUAUUGCUUUAAUAGGAAUAUUUGCUAGAAGUAUUUUUUGGGUUUUAUGUGUCGCUCUGUUAUGGGACUGAAGAGAGGACAAAAAAGUCCAAAUAAUAAUAAUACUAAUACUUAAUAAAACUGCUAGGAUAAAGUUAGUGCUACCACUUUCCUCAUAGGCCGACUUUGAUCCCAAGGCAUACCUUUUGCUCUGGCGACACACUCUUCCUCCCUGUGUUUUUCUUUUUACCCUCCACGGGGCAGAUCCUCAUAGUUCUGGCCAGGCUAAAAAGCCUAAACGCUGAACUCAUUGCAAUCUCAUGUUUGUUAUCUCAUGGUAAAUUUUACCAUUCUUUAUUGUUUCAUAUCAUCCUUUAUAUGCAUGGGGAAACCAUGAGAGCCUUCAUUGAUUGAAACGCACAGCAAGCAACAGGUGGGGCAGGGGCAUCACUGCCUCGCUCUGCAGGGUGACCUGAAAUUAGUCACUCUUGGCACUUUCUGGGUUUCCUGAAAUUAACUACCAACCCUAAAGACAGUGCGUUUGAAAAAAAAAAUACUGCUUUUUUUUAACUAAGGUUUUUUUAACCUUGAUGCUGGCAACUAUGAAAACAAUGUGUUAUUAUGACGAGGUGAGAGGGAAAAUACCACCGUGAUCAAAGUUUUCUCUUUUCUCCUGGAGCAUAGAGGAACAUAGCACUGCCAGCAACAACACUCUAAUAUUCUGAUAAGAUAGAUGAUAGUUUUUUUUUCUCCUCCCAUGUUCACAUGAUUUGUAGUAUACACAAAGCAGGCCUGAAGCAGGGAGAUGACCUAAUUACUGACUGUCAGUGUAUGUAUAGCGCUUCACGCAUGCUCACUUUUUUCUAAGACUCAGCAGCAUGAGCUGUUUCCACUGGACUCGGUCUCGACUGCGUUGUGUCAAAGCACAUUGUCGCACCAUCAGUGGCUCACCUGUGUCAUAACAGCGGUAGAAUAUUGCAACACGCUGGAAUGCAGGUCAAGCUCAAAGCUCGAUAAGACUCGCAGAUCAAAUUUUCUUUGUGGCCUGAAUUAACCCCGAUCUGUUUUGCUUAGUGGUUGGUCUUUGAGAUGAAGGUUAAUAGAAAGCAGUCUCACAAACUUGUCAGUUGUGUACAUAUAAAAGAAGAACAAAAAACCUGAGAGCAGUACAGUGCGGUGUCAGGCCUUGAACAUAAACCAAACACGUGCACUUACGGUGACUGGUGUCCUGAAAUAGCUGCAGCGUUUGUUUUGCACUCCUCCCAUUUUCGUGUCCAGUGACAUUUUCAGAUUCAGUCUUGGACUGCAUAUUCACAGCUCGCCCGAGCAAGAUUCACAUUUCCCCCUCUGUGUGUGUGUGUGUGUGUGUGUGUGUGUGCGUGCGUGCGUGCGUGCGUGUGUGUGUGUGUUCGUUCAUCCAAGCAGGGGACAGAGUGGAGGUCGUGUAUUUUUAGGCGACGAUUUAAAGUCAGAACAGCUGUCACCAUCAUGGCAGGUGAUAUGAUGUUGCUUAUGCGAGGCUUGGCCAAGUUGAGCCAGGCUGUGGUAGAGACCCAGAGCAACGCCGUGCGCAAUGGGACCAGAGUUGCAGGCGUCGGUGCCGCUGUCCAGAGCGUCCAAUCAGCCGCAGAGCAAGGCCUCCAUGUUGCCAUGUCGAAAAUGCAGGAGCUGUCCGGCCAACAGCAAAACACCUCUGAGUUGGAGUUUGACUUUCCUCAGGAUGAGACUGCGUUCACAUCAUCAGAGUUCAGGGAAGAACACGCGGACUUUACAGCUGAUCACGCAGAGACGGUUUCUGACGGAACAGCAGGGACGAGCAGCACGAGUGGGAAAAAGUCCAUGUUUGAGGGAUACAAAGAUCCAAGCAACCAGUUUAGUGGUCACACAAGAUCCUACCACCAAGAUGCCAGGCAUUUCUUUGGACAUCAGCAGUAUAACCAAACUCUGAGCAGGCAUGUGUUGCAGGAGGUUAAUUAUCCACGCCAGGUCGGCCAGUUCAGGACGUACCAUCAGGACCAGUCCUCAGUGGGAGGACUGACAGCCGAGGACAUAGAAAAAACCAGCCAGAGCAAAAGGGCUGACUCCAAGCCGCACAAACAGAUGCUGAGCGAACGAGCCAGAGAGAGGAAGGUGCCUGUGACCCGGCUCGGCAGAUUGGCCAACUUCGGAGGUUUAGCUGUAGGUUUAGGUAUUGGAGCCCUAGCAGAAGUCGCAAAGAAAAGCAUCGGAAUGAACGGAGCUGCAGGUGAAAAUAAAAAAGCCGUUCUGGACUCCAGCCCCUUCCUGUCCGAGGCCAACGCUGAGCGCAUCGUCAGGACCUUGUGCAAAGUCAGAGGAGCCGCUCUUAAACUUGGACAAGCUCUAAGUAUUCAAGAUGAUGCGUUUAUCAAUCCUCAACUCGCCAAGAUCUUUGAGCGUGUCAGGCAGAGCGCUGACUUCAUGCCAAUCAAACAAAUGACGAAGGCGCUGAACAGCGACUUGGGUCCAAACUGGAGGGACAAGCUGGCGUCGUUCGAUGAUCGUCCGUUUGCAGCCGCCUCCAUCGGACAGGUGCACCUGGCGAGGAUGAAGGACGGCAGGGAGGUGGCCAUGAAGAUACAGUAUCCCGGUGUGGCUCAGAGCAUCAACAGUGACGUCAACAACUUGAUGACUGUGCUGAACAUGAGCAACGCUCUGCCUGAGGGUCUGUUUCCAGAGCACCUGAUAGAUGUAAUGAGAAGAGAGCUGGCCCUGGAGUGUGACUACAUCAGGGAAGCUCAGUGUGCAAAAAAGUUCAGGGAGCUGCUGAAGGACGACCCGUUCUUCUACGUGCCGGAGGUGAUCGAAGAGCUGAGCAGCAGCCACGUCCUGACCACUGAACUGGUUCCUGGAUUUCCCCUGGACAAGGCAGAGAGCCUCUCACAGGAGCAGAAGAACGAGAUCUGCCAGAACAUCUUGUUUCUGUGCCUCAGAGAGCUGUUUGAGUUCAGGUACAUGCAGACCGAUCCAAACUGGUCCAACUUCUUCUACGAUCCAAACACGCACAGGGUAGCGCUGUUGGACUUUGGUGCUACUAGGGGUUUUGAUCAGAGUUUCACAGACGUCUAUGUAGAGAUUAUCCGUGCCGCCGCCGAAGGUGACAGAGAGGGAGUGCUAAAGAGAUCUAUUGAUAUGAAGUUCCUGACAGGAUACGAGUCCAAGGCGAUGAUAAACGCCCACGUGGACGCGGUGAUGAUCCUCGGCGAGGCGUUUGCGUCAUCCGAGACCUUCAACUUCGGCGCCCAGUCCACCACCGAGAGGAUCCACAACCUGAUCCCGGUGAUGCUGAAGCACCGGCUCACCCCGCCUCCGGAGGAGACGUACUCACUGCACCGCAAGAUGGGCGGCUCCUUCCUCAUCUGCUCCCGGCUCAACGCCAAGCUGCAGUGCAAGGACAUGUUCCAGAAGGCGUAUGAGAAGUACUGGGAGGGCCGCACGCCUCCCACUGUCUGAGCUGGUCUGGUGCGGAUUCGACGGACUCGUCCUGGGGCCAACAGCAAAGUGCCGAUCGAUUGGGCGGGAGGGGGUUGAGUUUAGACGAACUGCAGAGCAGAGGAUGUGAGGACGAUGCGUUUCCUGUGUGACGUUUCAAGGAGCUAUUAUACAGUUUCAAAGGAACAUCUGAAGUGGGAGCAGCAGCUUGCUGAACGAAAGGAGAUGAAUGUAUAAAAGUUGGAGUAAUCUCUGCUAUUUUCGCUAUGAAUAUUUUCUCAUUUUUGUGUUGCUGUGUUUUCGUUUUGUUGUUCCACUUUUAGAUACCAUAAACUCAAAACACCUAAAAGUCAAAAACAAAAGAAAGACAGAGAUCAUGGCAUUAAUAAGACUUUGUUGGCUUUUCGGGUCUCACUUUUGACCAAUUUGUGUGCGUCAGAAAGAGUAGGUAAGCUUGAUUUAUGAAUAUAAGGAAAACGCUAAUUAAUAAUAGUUCAGCGACCGAUUUGUUGUUGAAGUCGGGAGGUUUCGUCAGCUUUUACGCACGAGCUCUGACUCAUGUUGUAUUAUUAGCUCACCGGUCAUAUUUCACUCUCGGUUUAUGACUCUAGCUGCUUCGGUUUCAGUGGGACUAACAUUGAUGAAAAUAGUUUGUCGCAUUCAAAAACCAAACAAAGCGUUUUGUUUUGAGGCAUGAUGAUGUUUAAGUUCUUCAUUCUGUCCUGGUUCUGAUUUUCAGCCUUUGUAUUCCAGUCUAAAAGCAAAAAUGUAUGUGCAGCAAACACAAAACGAAAGAUCCUUCCUGCGGUUCGUCAUGGCGGGCGGGCAGGGGCCUCAUCAUCCAGACCACGCAACAUCGCUCGCCCGUGGGCUCAAAUCGCUUCCCACACGCCGCUGAUCUUUCCACGCCUCCUCGGGUACAGACUCCUCCGUCACCUGGCGGCCAUGUGGCUGUGAAAGUUCACAACGUUCUGAUGUGUGAAUGCAGUUUUAAUGCUACAUGGUGUGAAAAUGGGGGAGAGAGAGGAAAAAAAGGGAAAAAAGCAAAGAGUAAUGUGCCUGUCAUUCUCCACUGAAGGCUUUUAGCUUGAAAAUGUUGAUUUAUGUUUCUAAUGACAGUUUCCAGUUUUAUAAUCAAAAUGCAACUGAAAGUUAGAACAAUAUAUUGUAUAGAGAGAUUAAAUGUUUAAGCCCUA